GCUGAUGGUGUGAGCAUUUGGGCCUGUCGCUCUGUUCUGGGGGGAGUUCACGUGGAUGCGAGCAUCGGGCGAUUCUUGAGCAGCGAUCGGCGGCCGGGCGGAUCGAUCGCUGCUCACGACCGAUCUGGGAUGAAAUGUCGGACUACGGCAACUUCACAGGCGGCGGCCUGAAGCUCAAAGGAUCCAGCGGUAUCAAAAAGAAGAAGAAGGACAAGAAAGAAUCUAAGAAGCGGCUCGAGCAUGUCUUGAAAGAGGACGUCCAUAGCGAUCGCGACAGCACCCAGGACGACUCGGCUCCAUCGAGCGUCCUGCAGACCCUGCCUCCCAGCCGGAAAACCAAGGCCGAGCUCAAGUUCGAAGAGGCACAGAUGAAGCGGCAAUCCGAAAAGAUCGAAAAGAUCGUCAGCAAAUCACACAAGGAACGAGUCUCGGAAUUCAACAACUAUCUCAGCUCCCUGUCCGAGCACCACGACAUUCCCAAGGUCGGACCUGGCUAAGGCCGGCCUGCGUCGGUGGCAGACAAUGCCACGGCAUCACAGCCAGCAACGAUACAGAGACCGACAGAUCAAGACGCACAGCGGUGCCGGGAUCGGCAACGAUCGGAAGGCCAUCCAUGACAUCGCGACCAAUAAAAUACAGACAUGGUGCUCGAGUGAUGCUGUUCAGCGAGAAAGCUGAGCGCUGCGAUGCGCAGAUAGCCAUCCAUCCGGACCCGGCCAACGGUCAGCGGGCCGGUUCUCGCUGGCGAACCGUGGCAGUUGAAACGGAUCUCCGCGCUGGGGACAACUGGCUGCACAGGAGACUGGUGUAUGA